AUGGCAGAUCUUCUGCCCCGUAUCCUCUCAUUCUCCCCGCAGCCGCAAACGACGCAAGGCAUCACCGACGAAUAUGACAAGCAAAUUCGUGACCUCAUUGCGUAUCUGAAACAAUCAUUACUCAAUAAAGGACUUUCUGAUCCUGAAGUUGGUGGUUUAUUAGAUGCCCUAGAUCCUUCUGUACACUCAAUCUCGUUCCUACUCAUAUUCCACUUUCAAGUUCACGCUGCUCAGAGCACAACGAAGGAAUCCGUCCCACAGGAUGUACGGCCCGGUGGAAUCUUGUGGCUCAAAGCGUUGCAAUUCUUGAGGGUUUUUGACCCGGUUCAGGUCAGAUAUACUGGCCAGGAAUGGAGGAGACUACUCGAACUCGUGGUAAAAGCUGCAGAGGCAGUUUCUAAGCCUGUUUUAGCAAUUGUUCCUAUCAGGGAUGCCAUCCUUCGCUUGGAUCCAUCAGGUUCGACGUUCACCUCCAAUCACGUAAUUCUGAGCCGGUUAUGUCUCCGAGGAAAAGCGUAUGCUGCGGCUCGCCCCGUUAUCGACAAAGAUAUAUGCCAUUUUCCAGCUCCCUCGCACCCAGCAUUUAAAAGAGUCUACCAGCAGGCCUUGUCUGCCGAGUUGCAAGAUCAGGACUCUUUGGCGACGUACAUCACUUACGCUUCAGGUCUCACCGCAAAGCUCACAUACAGGGAUUACCUGGAGUACUUCUUGUACUGCAGCAUGAUAUAUAUCGGAUUGAAGAAAUGGGGGAGGGCUCUCCACUUUCUGAAUCUGGUAAUAUCUGCGCCUAGUGUUGGCACAGUUAGCAUGGUAAUGGUGGAAGCGUACAAAAAAUGGGUCAUAGUGAGCCUGCUAGAGAAGGGAACGGCCAUUUCUCUGCCCUCUGUUACUGCUCCCCAUGCUGCAAAGACAUAUAGAGCACUGGCUCGACCUUAUGACGCCCUCGCUGAUGCCUUUAAAAGUGGCGAUCUUAACCGAUUGAAAGGAGAGAUCGAUAUUGGCCAGACCGUAUGGCAUAUGGACAAUAACACAGGUCUUGUUCUUCAACUAGUGCCUGCUUUACGCAAGUUUUCUAUCCUCAAGCUUGGGACCACUUUUGCUGCGUUGACGAUUGGCGAUGUAGCACGCCGCACUUCACCAGAGCCAAGCGAUAUCAGAGAGACAGAAGCCUUCGUAGCGUCUCUCAUUAUGUCACGAACUCUCAGUGCUACUUUACUCCAUUCAAGCGACCCCUCAGAUCCCACGAUGCUCCGUUUCAGCAUCGAUGCGCACAACUCGGACACUUCUUCAGAGGCAAAGAUCAGUGAACAGCUAAGUCUGGAACGGAAACGGCUUAAGGCCCUGGUGACCCAGAUCGACGAGACAGAGAGUCGGCUCGAAUUGAGCAGGGAGUACUUGGAUAAUUUACGGAGAAACCUGCGAAGGAAGGAGGAUUCGGCUAAGGAAGGACCGACUCUCAUCUCGCGAGGGGGCGGCGAUAUUGACGAAGACAUCAUGGAUGAUCUGCAUUGA